GAAAGACACCAAUAGAAUAGCAUUGUUGGCGGAACACGAGAGUGCAAGUUACUAGUAGUAUAAGUUAACAAGAAAUACCUUCACCAAAGCACUUGCUUCUUUCACAUGGAGCAGAGAAAAAGCAUAUGGUCUCCCGUCACAGAUCCAAGAAGUGGUUUCAACCGGGAAUCCAGAACUUUCCACAGCCUCAAGCCCCCUCUCCGUCUCCCUCCCCCCAACGCCGCCGUCUCCGCAGCCGCCUUCGCCCUCUUCCUCCGCCGCAACUCGCAGUUCCCGGACUCCUCCACCGCCUUUAUCGACUCUGCCACCGGCCACCGCCUCUCCUACGGCGAGCUCCUCCACCGCGCCAAAACCCUAGCCUCGAAUCUCGCCACAAUCCUCAAACUCACCAAAGGCGACACAGCGCUCGUUCUCUCACCAAAUAUUCUCCAAGUUCCGAUCCUCUGCUUCGCGCUUCUUUCUCUCGGCGUGGUCGUCUCCCCCGCGAACCCUCUCUCCACGCGCUCCGAGCUCACGCGCUUCUUCAACAUCAGCAACCCCUCAAUUGUCUUCACAGUAACCUCCGUCGUUGAAAAAACACGCGAGUUUCAAGUGAAAACCGUGCUCCUGGACUCUCCCGAGUUCGACACGCUCACGAAGUCUCAGAUUCACACAAAAUACAUCCAAGAGUGUGAUUCUCAUCAGAGGGGACUCGUGUCAAACAUGCAAGUGACUCAGUCCGACGUGGCAGCGAUUCUAUACUCCUCGGGAACCACGGGAACGAUAAAGGGUGUGAUGCUCACGCACCGUAACUUAACCGCGAUCGCCGCGGGAUACGAUACCGUUCGGGAGAAGCGGAAGGAGCCAGCGGUGGUGCUCUAUACGGUGCCGUUUUUCCACGUGUACGGGUUCACGUUCAGCUUGGGGGCGAUGGUGCUGUCGGAGACGGUGGUGAUCAUGGAGAGGUUCAGCAUGAAGGCGAUGCUGAGCGCCGUGGAGAGGUUCCGGGUGACGCACGCUACGAUGGUGCCGGCGCUGGUGGUGGCUAUGACGAAAGACUGCGUCAUCGCCGGCUACGAUUUGACGUCGCUGGAAGGGAUCGUUUGCGGCGGAUCUCCGCUGAGGAAAGAAACCGAUGAGGCAUUCAAAGCUAAGUUCCCCAACGUCCUCGUCAUGCAGGGAUACGGUUUAACUGAGUCUGCAGUUACCCGAACCACUCCAGAGGAGGCAAAUCAGGUGGGAGCAACAGGUAAACUGAUACCAAAUAUAGAAGCCAAAAUUGUGAACCCAGAAACAGGGGAAGCCAUGUUUCCCGGUGAACAAGGAGAACUCUGGAUCAGAGGACCUUAUGUUAUGAAAGGUUAUUCUGGUGACCCAAAAGCAACUUCAGCAACUUUGGUGGAUGGGUGGUUAAGGACUGGGGACCUCUGUUAUUUUGAUAGCAAAGGUUUCUUGUAUGUUGUAGAUAGGUUGAAAGAGUUGAUUAAAUACAAGGGCUACCAGGUUGCUCCGGCAGAGCUAGAAGAGUUACUCCUAUCUCAUUCAGAGAUAAAUGAUGCUGCAGUUAUUCCAUACCCUGAUGAAGUAGCAGGCCAAGUGCCCAUGGCGUUUGUGGUGAGACAACCUCAAAGUUCCCUUGGCGCAGCAGAAGUUAUUGAUUUUGUUGCCAAACAGGUUUCACCGUACAAGAAAAUAAGGCGUGUAGCAUUUGUUAAUUCCAUACCCAAGAAUGCUGCGGGAAAGAUACUGAGGAAGGACUUAAAACUGGCGCUCUCUAGGUUGUAAUAUGCUUCAUUUUCGUUUUAUAAGUGGUGUUUGAUUUAGUCUUUUGCUCCAAAUGAAAAAAAAAAAGAAGAAGCAAUGCGUGUGUUCAGUUUAAGAAUUUAUAUGUAAUGAAAGACCUUCUUUUGUAAAAUAGAUCUUGAACUUUAUCAAAUGAUGUAGUAUAGUAACUUCUCAUCACAUC